UUGCUGCCGACUACAGUCCAUGGCAAAGCUAGCAAUGCUUCUCCAUUUCCCAUGAACUGUUGGCCGUUUAAUUUGUAACCACACAAUAAAAGAACUUUUUCCUCCGAAUGUUGGGCAGCACUACGUAUUACGGCCCUUAGGGCCUUACUCCGCUGGGGUCAAUCGCCGUCCAAAUUAAUGUUUUAAUCUAUUUAAAAUUCCAAGAGAUCUGUUGAUCUCUAUUGGGCAUGCAUCAUUCUCACGGAACACAAAAUUUCACCGAGGAAAUUUUUGUGCCUAUGUUACAGUAGGCCAAUGUUUAAAACUUUGUUUUUCAUGAUCUAACUACAUGAUUUUUUUUCCUUCAACAGACGACAGAACAGUGGCUCGGAUGAUGAUGCCUCCCAAUCAAGGGAGGAAAUCGUCUACUGUUUAUCGUCAGACGUUCGAUGCACGGGUUAUGCCAGCUAUAAACAAGAAAAACGUCGGCAACGAGGACGACCAUUUCUACACAGCAAGGGCGAACUACGUCUUGGAAUUUGCGUCUAUGGUAGGAGCAGAGGUGCUGGCCAUGGACAACAAAGACAAAAUCAAGGUCGGCCGUACAACCCUCGCAGUGGACCGAAGGACCAGAAAUAAACGACUGUUCCCCCAAGACGACCGGCCAAAUUACUACGACCACGAUUUCCCGACCCCCAAAUACUUGCUCACACCCUGCGGAUACUUGCGUCUUACAACUGCAGAAGACCCAGCAGUGACAACUGAUGAACACGGCAGAAAACACUAUGCGCAUCCAGAGGUCGGGCCAUCGUUCUUAGUGAACAGAGGGCCACACGACGAGGUGACCAUUGAAACCCACAUCGGGGACGUACUUCAGAUGGUCCAUAGCAUGGUAGCUGCUAGGAAGACCAUCCUCGUUCUCAUCGUCGACGGAGGAUGUGAUUACAACAUCAACCAUCCGGCCAAAGAAAUCUUCUAUGGUCGCCUUUUUAGGGACACCAAUCUGGAUGGCCUUGUCGUCACAUCCUACUGUCCCGGGCACUCAUCCCUCAAUCCCAUCGAACGGCUCUGGGGACAGGUCACCAAAGCGCUGUCAUCAGUGUACCUUUUUGACACACUUCCAGGUAUUAAAUAUUUGUUUGUCUUGCUGUGAUUGUUUGAUUUUGCUGUUUCGAGUUUUUACCUGGCAGCAAUAGAUAUAUACUAUAUUUACAAAUAAACUAAUUAUCUGUAUCAUCAAAAUUCACCCCCUUUCUAACUAGCUACAUAACAUGCAUAUGUAUACUCCGUG